AUGUCGCGCGUAGCCGCGACAAAAGAAGACAUCCUAGACAUCGUAGACAAGCUAGAGUUACGAACCAUUACGUCCAUUUCCGUAGGUAAACACUUGGUGCUGGUGACAGAUCCUGAAAUUGCUGAGGAUGCAUACGCCUUCGACAAUCCCUGUUUCAAAGACGCCACACCUGCAGCGGUCGGUCGCGUCACGGAGAGACCGUCAUCGACUGUACCAGGAGACACGCCCGCGAAGGAUUCCACGCGAUGGUCCACGCCUUGGACGUCCCUGGGCCUCGGUUCGGCUAUCCGCAAUGAUAAACGCCGAACUCUCGAUGAUUCCUAUGUUAAGCCCAAGGCUACCAGGGUCAGCGUGGUCAGUCUGCGUAGCCGUGACUUCACCGGUCUAGGCUUUAACGUGUGUGGUAACAUGAGGGAGGGCAUCUUCGUCAAAGAUCUAUUACAUCGCGGCCCCGCAUCCGAAUCUGGACGGAUACACCCUGGCGAUCGUAUCUCCAGCGUGAAAAUCAGCUUCCGCAACAUGGUAUACGAGGAUGCGUUGACAAUCUUGAGUUAUGCCUCACCAUACGACGUAGAGCUGGAAGUGGAAAGCGGUGGUAGCGGUUCAAAACCGACGACAUUGCUGAAGAAAAGCGUGGGUCCGAGUCCGACGAGGAUAUGUCAUCCUCUGUACAGGAGCCAAUCAAUCCCGGAACUGUCGCGGGCUCACAAAAGUGUUGCGAAACGACUCUUCAUAGCCGACCCGAACGAAUCCGUGGGUUCCAAUUAUUCGACGAUGAAUUCAACUGUAAAAUCCUCGAAAUCGACGUCGGGUAGUGGACAGAGUCUCGAAAGGCAUCAUGACGAGACGAAGAAUAAUCACCAUCACAAGUUCGGUAUCAAAGUGCUGCCGGCCCUGGACGGCACCGUGCACCGUAUCGAGAAUCAGAACGAGCAUAAUACGAACUUGGAAAGAAGACACUCGCGCAAACUAGACGCGGAGAAGCUAUUGACGAACAGACAGUCCACAACAUCGAGCGACACUGACGAAAAGAAACUUUAUAACGAGCGCCUUCAACAACGUGCGGAUCAUAGCGUUGUCCCAGCGAAGAUCAUUGUUGAUGAUAUUCGCAACGUUGACAUGCCAGACAAAGACGGCAAACUCGCCGAUAGAAGUCUCAAUAUACCAUCGGAAGUGCCGACAGAAGUGCAUAACGCGGCUAUGGCGGCUCGCAGAAAUCGAAAGAGCAAUUCUGAGCCUUUGAACAUGCAGGUUAGCGAGAAGGUAUCCGAUUCCGACGGAGCCAAAAGUCCGCAGAAGAACAAACGGAAGGCACCGGCGCCACCGAAAAACACCAAUGAGAUUGUGACGCUAUCCGCGAAAAAGGAUGCCAUUGAUAUGAUUGACAGUAUCGCUGAUUACACCGAGUCAUUAUGCGAUUAUGUGAAUAAAGCGCGUGAAAACACGGACGCUGCCGCGGAUGCUCGAAGGCACCGUCUGGAAAAUCAGCCAAUAGUAAACAGACGGAGCUCCGAAUCGGAUACCGAUAAUGAAAUGCAGAAUAAUUUUACGAUUGAGCUGGAUUCGGCAGACAUCACCAUUCACCGCACGCCUGUGCCGGAAGCGGAUGACGAUGAAGAUGAGGAUGAUAUAUACAGGAAAGCGGCUAGCCUGGGCGAUCUGUCCAAAUAUGAGAGCAAGACCGCGGCGACCUUGGAGAGGGCGCAGAGCCUCGAUAUGACCGCCGAUACCGGAGCAAAGAAACGCAAAGCACCGCUGCCACCUGAGGAUAUUAACGAAACUACAGAAGAUCUCACAAAGCUCGAUCAAAUUGAUACAUUUGAUAAACGGAAGCUGAAGAAAUCGAACGAGUGGGGUACCUUGGAAGAUGUAAUUUGGAGUGAGGCUGCUAAUGAAGUGUACGAGAAGACGCGUGGAAAAGCACGAACGAGAAAGAAGAGUAAUGGUACUUUAGAGCGCUCCAAAUCCGCUGUAGAGAUCAAAUUAAAAGAAGAAGUCAUUCCAACGACGACAGUAUUGGUGGCAGCAACGACGGACGACUUGUCCGAACAGAAGUCGGGCGAUGACUCGGAUCACGAAAUCACCAGCAUCGAACUGUACAAUUUACCAUUGAGCAAGCGACUAACCGAGGAGUUCAUUCAUACAGAACGGAUGUUUAAUCCGGACGAAGAUAAUUCCCUGGCUAGAAUCGUGAAUGAUGGCCAAGUGGUAAAGAGUCCAACUCCAAAGGAAGUAGAGCUGGACUUCCAAUUAGCCGAUGAAAAACGAAUUACUGAGAAGAGUCAGCGCGAAGGAGAGACCGAAAAUAAAUCGGAAGAUAAUUCCAUAUCGGAGAAAUCGGAAGACUUCAGUCGCGCCUUGCGCUACUUUGAAUUGCACGCGAGUGACUCACCAACAUCACCAGAACCAACAAAGAUCAAUUUAACGCGACUAGAUGAGUGGAGAGAAGAAAGAACAUCCAUUAAUGAUGAUGCGACGUUUUAUGCUGGCAGACAAGCGAUUGUAGAAGAACCUGUCUUGAAAGUAACUAUAGAUAGAGGCUGUCACGGUUGCGAAGACAGAUGCAGUCAACACAGCUCCAACUGCAAACGCGAGAAGCAUACCGACAAACAGCAUCGAGUGACCAUGCGAUCGUUCUCAGAGGACAACAGGUCGAGCACUAAAGAGAACGUGGAGAAAGAGGCAGAUCAGACAUCCGUGCCGACGCAUUUGCGAGUACAUGCGUCCAAAUCGGAGCCGUUAGCUAGACACGAUAAAUCCCAGGAUAAGAAAGAAAAUGCGGAGGGUAAGAAUGGCGAUACCUUCUCCACAUUCUACGCGCACCGGACGAAGUUUGAGCAGCGUAAUAUGGACAAUCAACAACGCGAUAAGUAUUCGCCGAUCAAGACGAAAUCACCAAUCGAAUCCACAUUCGCCGACACGCAUUUCGCUAAACGCAUUAUUAAUGUUUCCAAUCUCGACGAGAACAAUGAGGAGGAAGAAAACGAAUACGAGUUUGGUUCGAGCAUGAUGGCGAACAGCAAGAAUCCGUCGUCGCCUAAGGAAGAUCGUUAUAAUAUCAGUAGCAUCAGCAUAUCGAGUGGCGAGAAUAGCGAGGAUAGUGGUCUAGUCCGAGAGUCGAUGGAUUACACUAAUCCGCAAGACACGGGAAAUCGCCCAUCCUUGCCUAAUACUCCCGUGCCAGCAAACGCUGCUCAGAAGAUGACUUAUAUUACGGAGAUUAAGGUGUCAUCCAACAAGGAUGGCGUCCGUGAAAUCGAGAGCGAAAAUGAGGAGGUGACAACGGAGACUAACGGCGAGUCGCAGGAACAAACACGACAUAAGAUUAAAGUUACAUCGAAUGGUAAACCUACGUCCGGUAAGAAACCGCCCGUACCGCCGAGACGAUCAGAUAUCACGAAAAGUCCGAAAGAAGACCGAACGAAUAAGCAGGUCGUCUACGUAUCCGAGUAUAAAUCUGCGGGCAAAGGAGCCCAGAUCUUGGAUACAGGAUCAGAAAUUAAACAAUCGGAAAAUAAAAAGUUCGAGCACUGGAUCUUCAUGGCUGACAAAGAGCAGAAUCGCUGGAGACCGACUUCUGGCCAACCACAGCCCGUAACGAAUAUUAUGUUUUCGUCCAGAGAUGAUACAAAUUAAAACGUUUGUGAACUUCAGGGAUGAUCUUCCUUUUAGGAAUGCCAAGGGAAGUAAUCAGUAAUCGCGUACCACAUAGCUUAAGAGAGACAUUUAAUUGAAAACAUGUGGAAAGUGAAAUUUCUUCAUAUAUGGCGUUUCUUUAAAAAGACGAAUAACAUGAUUGCAUCAACAUUAACAAAUGUAUUAACAUUUUCCGAGUUCCCAAAAAA